UUUUUUUUUUUUUUCUACCUAAGCUGAUAGCCCUAGCGGCUAUGUCAGCGUAACCCUAACUUUAGUAGGUGAGCUCACGGGGCUCAACCUGACGAUGUUGCUAACACGAACCCUAGCAAGAGCCGUGCUUCGCAGAAUCUACCACCGGAUCGGAAACGCGACCCACUGAGAAGAUCCGGCGAGAAACUCAGUGGGCGGUGUCUGAGAGUUAAUUUACUCGUCGAGCCCUUCGUCGCAAGCGACGGGUUCGACGAGAACGGUGACCGGUGCUUGAAGUACCUAAAAGCACCGUUAGUGGAUCAGGAGGAUCCGAGAUGACAUGACUAGAAACCAUAGACCUAUAUAGUACUAGAAAUACUAUUCUUGACAAAUGUGUGACAAGGAAGUGUCAACUUUGUUUUGUCUUAUUCCUUGAAAUGAACCGAAAUUUCCGGAUAAAAAAUUAGAGAAUUAGGUACAUGUAGUUUCUCAACACAAUUUUGCCAUUAACUAUAACAGUAGCUAGAUAGGUAAAUACUACGGAAAAUGCAAUGGGAAGGAAGAAAAUACAAGUUGAUCUCCACUGAUAACUUCGAUAGCUUUAUGAAAGCAUUAGGCGUGGGUCUGAUCACCCGCAAAGCCGCCAACGCGGUCACCCCGACCGUGGAGCUCCGUAAGGAUGGUGACGAAUACAAUUUAGUCACCUCUUCAACCUUCAAGACCACUGAGAUGAAGUUCAAGCCCGGCGAAGAGUUCGAAGAGGACCGCGCUGACGGUGCUAAGGUGAAAUCCGUAUGCACAUUCGAAGGCAACACCCUCAAGCAAGUCCAGAAGGCCCCCGACGGUCUUGAAGUCACUUACGUCAGGGAAUUCGGCCCUGAGGAGAUGAAAGCUGUGAUGACAGCUAAGGACGUGACUUGCACCAGAGUCUACAAGGUCCAGUAAAAGGACUCUACUCCGAGGUCGGGAGUCGGUGCCGCCGAUUCACGAACAUCCCGCGGCACAAUUAUGUUUAUUUAGCAUCUAUUCUAUACAUUAGCCCUUUCUAGCUUUUUUGUAAAACUAAUUUUAGUUUUCACAUCAGUCAUCGUCUACCGUUCGAAUUGCAAAAGCGAGUGGCGGUGACGAAACUUAAAUAAGUUUAGCGACCACGGUAACAACAGCGGGGCGCAUGCGCGCGAAGCGUUUAUUGUAUUCAAAAAUACGUUCAUUGUUUAUAUUAAGCCAAAGUUAACGUUUUGAUCUUCAGGAAGAUCGCACUCGAUGUUUUCCAUUGCGUAUUAAAUAAAUGUAUUUUUUUUGUAUGUAUAA